AUGGCGCGCCAAAAACCAGCCUCUCGUGCCGACAAGCCUCCGUCCAUGGUGUGGACCUACCCAAUGCAAGUCACGCUCCAUCUGCUCAGCACGGAGUUCAAUUUGGCUGGUCAAAAUCGAGCCGAUGCAUUCAACACGGUCUUUGCGAAAGAGCUGGCAGCCAGUGGCGUGGUUGGUGGAGCUCGACCGCAUGUCCUCUACGCGCAAUACUACAUGCGCACCAAGCCGGACAAAGCCAAAUGCUGGUUGACCAUAUGCGCAGAGCCUACGACGCAAGAGGAAUUUGAUCAGAGAGAGGGCCUCAGGGGAAGGAUUCGUCAAGCUAUGCAGAAUGGAAGUCAAGCUGUUCAGAAGGGAGGUCAACCUAAAGUCAGCAAGGCGACUCCUCGUAUGGUCCGCGUUGCCUCGUCUGCGCCUGUCCAUGAAGAGACCAGCGUCGAGGUGACCUUUAGACAACUCCCGUUGACACCUCCUUCAAAAGUUGCUCGACCUGCUCCUGUUCAGCGCGACGCUCCGUCGGUUGCAUCUCCUCCGCAGAAGAAGCGCCGCGUGCUGCCAGAACAAGAAGCUCAUCAGCUCGCUACUCCUGUCACGCCUGCUGUUCAACAGCCAGAAUUUGCAGUCUCGCGUGCAAGAAGCAAGACAACGAGCGCCCUAGUCCCGGUGAUCAAUCGAUCGGAAACAUUGCAGCAAGCACUGCUACCGUCACCAACGACUGUGUCCCGCAAAUUCCGAAAGCAAAGCGCUAUUUCGAAGCCGCGGACUCCGACCAAGAAAUUUGAGUAUUGGAGGAACGAUGGGUCCAAGCCUCGUAUGUCAGAGAGAAGACUUGAAGGUCUUCAACAACAAGUGGUUCCUAUUCCACGAGAUGCCGCGCAUCCUCCGGCAACAGGCCUUCUGUUCAGAUACUGGGUCGAAUCCGACCAGCCCACCCACAACUCCGAGGAGGGCUUUAUCGCACGCAAAUAUUUCCAGUCCAAUGUGGUCCAUUUCAGACCCCCAAAGAGCAGUGAUGUCGAUCUCACUGAUGUGUUCAAUCACAUGGAUAGAAAGCUUAAAGACACGCCUUUCGUGUCCACUUGUAAUCGCUUAGUCUGGAGUCUCAGACUCGCCCUCUCUGAGAUGCGGAAAGGCGUUAGGAACGGCCGGAUCACUCUCAUCGACCCGAGCAAGCUGGAUAAGAGAGCCGUGUUCUGGGCACGACCUUUCCACGAUGAAUUGACGCAGAAGAUGGCUCCCUGGAGCAACGGUGCCCAGAGGUAUUGCGGCACGUAUGAGUUCCUGGUCUGGGGCGCCAUCCACAAGGAGGCCAUCGUCCAUACAAUCAAGGUCAAAGAUCUCCUCCGCCUGUCAAAGACCUCGCCAGCUAUCGACCACGUUCUGAGGGCUGACAUACUGAGCGAAAAAUCGGCCUUGUUCAGAAAGGAGAGCGAUUUCAUCAGGCAAAAGGUACCACUCAACACCUUCUCAGUGAAGGCCAUUGCCGAGAUUGCAAGAUUUUUGGGCUUGGACCGCACUUCACCCCUCGACCACAUAUCUCAUAUCGUUGCCGAUAUCGUCCAAGGAUGGCAUUUACAAGUCGUGCCGCGCGAUCAACAGGAAUGGCGCGCCCUCGCGACCCUGUUCGCACGCAAUUAUCUCAGCACUCCGGCAGGCCUGGUACAGGAGCAGACAGUACGCAUGGCCUUUCUUGAUGGCGUCCGAUUCGGCCAGGGCCAGUUCAACGCUCGGCAUAAGCCAGAGACUGUCGCCGCCAUGACCAAGCGCGCAAAAAUGGUUGGCCUGGAGUGUCCGGCAAGGAUCAUCACCGACGAGCUUGAUGCUAUCAAAGUGAUGGCAUGGAGCCAAGAGCAACGUGUUGGCAAGCUCUUGAAAAGCCGAAAGGAGCAACUCAUGCUCGAAGAAGGCUUCGUUGAGUCCAGCGAAGAGGAAGAAGAUCAGGAGGAGGAAGAUGAUCCAAUGAUGCUUGACGAUGAGCCACCAACUGCAGGACCUUCGCGGCCACGACUAGCACCGCCGCAACCCAAUUGGAGCUGGACCCGUCAAAUGAUCAGACAGGACGAGGACGAUGCCCAUUCCGAUCUUGGCGGCGCCUUCGAGUUUGAUGCCGCUGGUCGCGUUGUUUAG